GGGCGAAUCGUACGUCGGUUUCGCCCCCCACCGCUCGCCGAUCAAAUCCUAGGCUUGCGUGAGAAUCGCCGCCGGCGAGGCCUCCGCGGCCGAGAGGGGAGGCCCCACCCUUCCGCUCCGCCGCCGGCAUCUUGCCGAAGGAAGCGUCCGUGCAGCCGGGUCUGCUCCGCCGUCGCGGAUACAAUGGCUCUUCAUGAGCGGCUGAACAAAUUUAGACAGCAGCAGGAGAGGUGCCAGACAACUCUAUCCAGUAUUGCUGCAAACCAAGCUUCAACUCCAAGAUCAAAUAUCACUCGAUGGGUUCAACCAACAAAUGGUCCAUCCACUCCAGCAAAACCACCACAGCGUAAAUUCUCAGAUGAUACAGAGAGGUUGCAGCGCAUCAAUUCAGUUAGGAAGUCUCCUGCUGCAGCACAGAUCAAAAUAGUAAUUGAAUUGCUUGAAAAGACAAGACAGGCUUUAACUGCAGAUCAAAUAAAUGAAGCAACUUAUGUUCAUAUUCAUGGCAACAAGGAGGUCUUUGACAGGUUGAAGAAUAAUCCGAAAGUACACUUUGUCGGCAACCUUUUCUCUUACAAGUCCAAGUAUGGUGUGAACGGAAAAGAUAAACUAUUAUCGUUGAUUAGAAAGUUUCCUGACGGUCUUGCUGUCGCGGAGAUCAAGGAUGCUUAUCUAGCUGUAUUGGAAGAUCUUAAGGCUCUCAAAGCCUCAGGCGUCGUCUGCUUGGUGGCGUCCACCACAAAAUCCGACGAAGGCGUCGUGUACCCCGAAAUUGAUCCAAUGUCGAAAAUCAAGUUCGACGAUGACUUGAAGGAGCUGGCCCGUUCGAUAUUGCUGCCACGGGACAUGCUGGACAUUGAGAAGGAGCUCCAGAAGAAUGGCCAACCAACAAGGACUAACGCAGCCAAGAGGCGAGCAGAUGCCCAGAUCCUUUUAUAUCCACCAAAGCCCAACAAGUCCAAGAAAAAGCCGCGUGGGCUCACGAGCAGGACGAAGCUCACUAACGCACAUCUGCCUGGACUUUUUUUGGGUUUUAGAUUUUUUUUUUAAUAUUUACAGAAAUAAUCUAUCGACCAAAAAAAAUUGCAGAAAUAGCCCCUGCCGCCCACCUCUGGGGCGGCAAGCAGACGUGGCAAACGGGGGA